GUUAGUUGUUUGGUGAGACAGAGCAUACAAAUCACGCGGCAAGAAAAAGUAUAAGUAUUAUCAUAGGAUUCCCAUACACUCUCAAGACAGAAAUUGGGAAAAGAAGAGGUGGAUGCGACUGGGAAUAUUUUCGUGUGGCAGUUGGAUUCCGCACCUUUAAGUCACAUUACACUGUUUCACCUGAAUCAUUCACCAUUGGUGAGUCGUACUUGAUAUAUUGUAGUGGCAGCUUUUAUUGUGGAAAUCAGUGAAGUGACUCUUCUUAAAAAAAAUUAUAUCUAUCAAAUCUUUCGUAGGUUUACUAUGAUUAUUCUUGGAGUUGAUUGGAGUUGCCCAGUGGUCCAGACAAUCACACUCUUAGGAGCUACUGGCGUCGCAUCGGUCAUCUUCCUCGUGAACUUGUACUGUUACUUCACGUGCGGCCAGUGCACAUCGAAAGCAAGAAUGGAGGGCAAGACCGUGAUAGUAACUGGAGCAAAUAGUGGCAUUGGCAAGGAGACUGUCCGAGACCUUGCCAAACGUGGAUGUCGUGUGAUAAUGGCAUGCAGAAAUUUGGAUACGGCAAAGGCCGUUCAAGAGGAAAUAAUCAAAAGUACUGGCAACAACAGUAUCAUCCUCAAAAAAUUGGAUCUGAGCUCUCAGGAAUCAAUCAGGGCUUUUGCAGCUGAUAUCAUCAAGACAGAGCCCAAAUUGCACGUUCUGGUUCACAAUGCUGGUGUUGCAUUGGCAAUUCGUGGAGCAAAGAGUGUCGAUGGUGUUGAAUUAACUAUGGCUACUAAUCACUAUGGACCCUUCCUCCUAACUCACCUCUUGAUCGAUCUGCUGAAGAACACAGCUCCUGCCCGGAUAGUCGUUGUGGCAUCGGAACUAUACAAACUCGCCAGUGUCAAUCUCAAUAAUCUCAAUCCCUUAAAUACCAAACCAGCUGCCUACCUGUAUUACGUGUCCAAGUACGCCAAUAUCUAUUUCACGCGUGAAUUGGCACGGAGGCUCGAGGGAACAGGUGUCACGGCCAAUUGCCUCCAUCCGGGCUUGGUGGACAGUGGCAUUUGGCGCAACGUUCCCUUUCCACUCAACUAUCCCGUGAAGCUCAUCACUCGCGGUUUCUUCAAGACACUCGAACAGGGGGCCCAGACAACAAUUCACCUCACAGUUUCCGAUGAACUCAAGGGAGUCAACGGAAAGUACUACAUGGACUGCAAGGAAGCCACACUUAACAGGGCAGCUCAGGAUAUGGAAAAGGCACGGAAAUUGUGGGAAGAGUCCGCAAAAAUUGUGAAACUCACAAAAGACGACCCGAAAAUCUAAUUAUGCAAAUUUCCUUUUACUUCACCAUGAUAUUUUCUUAUUGAAUAUGAUUUUUUACCAUCA